AUGAGUAGCACGCUAUCGGCGUCGGGGCGCUUGGCGGCGCUCGCGGUGCCGCCUGCUGCAGGGCACGGACCGUGUCCCGGGAAACUCGCCGUCAACACGCCGGCGGGAUCAAAGCCCAACAAAUUCGCGGUGUACGACCUGGAUGAGGACCGAAACGAGGCCCCCAAGACCUUCCACGACGCCGCCGAGCGCGGCAACACCGCGUGGUGCGUCCGAGCGAUCGAGCGCACGAUAGACUUUGACGUCAACUGCCGCGACAGGCUCAUGCGGACGGCGCUGCACUGGGCGGCGGAGAUGGGGCACCACGAGACCGCCAAGACGCUGCUGGAUUUUGGAGUGGACGUGCGCACCUCGGACUGCACUGGCAGGUGCUAG